AUGCUCCCAGAGUCUUUGCUGUCGGUGGCCAACAAGGACAUUUGGAAGCAUGCCUUGGACCGCGACCAGCAGGUCCGAUUGUUUGCUGCCGAGGAUAUGAGCUCUUGGGCAACAUUCGCGGCUGUGUUCAUUUGCCUCAUUAUGCUCGACUAUUUCUUCCUCAAUCGCAGUGCGGAGGAGUUGACCAUUGGCCGGGCUCUCCGAUACACGCUCUUCUGGAUUUGCACUGCUUUUGCCUUCUGUGGCUGGGUUUGGUACACCUACGGCAGGACAGGCGCUUUCAUGUGGAUGAGCGGGUACAUCUUGGAGUGGCUCCUGUCCUUCGACAACUUGUUCGUUUUUCAUCUCAUAUUCAACCUGUACGGCACGCCAGACCAUCUGAAACAUCGGCCCUUGUACCUUGGGAUCUGCGGCGCAGUCCUGUUUCGCUUGCUCUUCAUAUUCGUGGGCGAGUACAUGAUGCAUGCUAUGGUCUUCAUGCACUUCGUGUUUGGCACUUUCUUAGUGUACACCGGCAUCAAGACUCUGACCUCGAAUGAGGAGGAUGAGGAUCCUUCCCAGAACCCGAUGGUCAAAUGGCUCCAGGACAAGGUGCCAUUUGUGAAUGUCUAUGAUGACAACGGGGCGUUCUUUGUGAAGGUGCCUGUGAAUCAGGGCGAAAACGAGACAGCUACAGACGAGUGGACUGUGCAAGAUACAGAGGCUGCCAAGCUGUCUGGCGAUAAGGAGGCAACAUAUGGCACGGUCGACUUCUCCAACUACAAGCUACAAGCUGUUGCCGACAAGAGGCAAGACGAGCCGACUGCCUGUGUUCUUCAUGACUUCCUUGUUUGA